AUGUAUGUAACACUAAAUAAGAUUAUUGAACACACGCCUAAAUAUGUAAUUGGUCGACAUGAGAAGUCAGUAGCAGUUGCAGCAUUUAAAAGCAGUGUACUUGCACAGCUACUCGCUGCUCACUUGCCUUUCUUGUUUUACUUAAUACUGACGACAUGUUACACUAUUACAGGUUACAGUGGCGGAUGGCCACAGAAAAAGCAUGCACGAUCUUCACGGAGCAUGCAACAUCCCGCGUUCUCAAUGAUGAUGGGCACACCAAUGGCGUUCCCGGGCAGCCCAUUGCAAGGCAGCUUUAGAUCUGAGGUUGAAGCCGAGUGUAUCAUAGAUGAUAUUGUAUGCCCUGCAUGGUGCUUAAUGGAGGACGAAUGGGGAUGUAAAUAUUGCCCGUGUGGCCCAGCCAACGGAAUGUCGCCAGCAAAGGUAUCAGAACACAGACACACGGAGAUGAAACAUGAGGAAAACAAUAACUGUAUAGGAACUAUACUUUGUAUGUUGAGUUGUAAGGAUGGGUAUAAACUGGGUUCACGUGACAGAGAACAUGGCUGCCAGCCGUGUACUUGCGUCAAGAAAAAUGAGACAAGAAUGGCAAUGACUGACAAGACCAAGGAUGAAAUAAUUACCUCCGGCAACAAUGCAAAUCGUAGCACGAAUAGUGAACCUUGUGCAUGGCCACUUUGUAUGAACGGCAACGGACCGAAUAAUGGACCAGGAAACGGAGCAUCGAUGACGUCACUUCCGAUUGGUGGCUUAAAAGCUGGUGGCUCGUUACCAGGAGUUGAUUGUCUAGGACCCUCAUGCUCUGCGAAAAAUGGAAUGCAUACGAUGGGAAAGGUUUCUCCAGCGCUGAAACCCUUGUUACCACCCCAGACAACACCAACAUUGUCUCCCCUUCAGCAUUCAACCAAACGUCCACAAUCAGCAAGUCAUGUUAAUCCUGAGACACAGAAGACGUUGUUAUUGUUGUCACCAACGAAACCACCAAACCAACUGUACUUACUGCCGAAACCAACAGAGGCUCCAAGCCGACUGUUCUUGGCACCGGUACCGACAGAGGCUCCCAGCCGACUGAACUUGGCGCCAGUACCGACAGAAGCUACAAAGAGCCGCUGUCCAACCCUUGAAUACUGCAUGAACAAUUGUCAGUAUGGAUUCCAGGUACAAAACUCCAGACAAGAAUGCCCAGAUUGCAACUGUUUCUUGCCCUUGACCCCUCCAUCCCCCAAAACGACUACACCCAAACCAGAUUUUAUUGCCAUCAUGCGGAUGUGCCCAGAUGCCGUACACUGUAUGAAAUCUUGCACACAGGGUUACACUCUAAUAUCAUCUUACACAGAAGCUUGCCCUGUAUGCACGUGUAACAGAGAGCCAAAGGUUCUGCUACUUUGUGAACGGCCCUUGUCUUGUCCUAACGGAUGCACUGUGGGAUAUAAAGGGGAUGAAAUAGGCUGUCCAACAUGUAACUGUGUUUCACCUGCAGAAACAGCACUUAAAAUAGAAAUACAUACGACAAAAAUAGACUCUGCGUUAACAUGUAAUCCCGAGUUUUCUUGUGUUGACAAAUGCAUUUUCGGAUACAAGACGGGGGACAAUGGCUGCCCUACUUGUGUAUGUCUGCAACCUGUCAUAGGUAGUCAACAUCGAGUCCCUGUAGCAGCUUUUCAGAUGCCGACGCCACAAGUUGUUCAGCCUUCCAUUGUUGCUUGUACCGGACCGCAGUGCUCGGCAAUACACGCUGUCCCACAGCGACUGCAACUUCUUUGUGAACAGCCCCUUUCAUGUCCAUAUGGCUGUACAGUUGGAUUCAAAUGCGACAAUGAUGGAUGUCCCGUCUGUAGUUGCAUUGCACCAUCUGAAACUUCAAAUAAAAUCGAGGUACAAAAAGUUUUUGUGGAAAGAGUAUUGAAGUGUGAUGCGAAAUUUUCAUGUCAAGAAGGAUGUACAUUUGGAUUCAAAACAGGCCCGGAUGGCUGUCCCAGCUGCACGUGCCUCCAGUCUGUAGCAGUGCACCCUUUGCAUACGAUUCCUCAGGUCAAACAGAUUUCAGUUCCAAAUAUUAUCGCUCCCGCAGGCACAGGAUGUCUGGGUCUUUCUUGUCCAUCAGUACAACAGCUUGCACGGAGAAUGAAUAUAUUUGCCAGGAGUGCGAAAUGUCUUUUCGGAGGAAAAGUAAUUUAA